UGUGUACACCGUAGCACAGAAACGGUUGUAAUUCCAGUGCUUUUUUGUUAGGCUCUCCCGUCUGUUCCAGAAUGGAUCGACCCGAUUGCCUGUCGCACUCUGAAUGCUAAUGACUUCUUCUAAGCAAGGCUGAUCAAAUCACUGUAGCUGACCCAGAGACUGGACAAUUUCACUGUAUCGGGGAAAGGAGGUUAGUGUCGUAUUUGUGUUCGGAUCGUUAUCGAAGAUCAGGAUUUCAGGAGUGAUGUCUGUGACACCUUUAUCACAGCAGGCUAGCUGAAUAAAAACAAGCAUCACAGCCAGUCAGCUACAGGUCCAACAGAUCAUCAUCUGAAAAGGUGCUUCAGAAGGUUGACAUGCAGCAAAAGUUGUACACACGCAACACAACCUUAUUUGUGGAAAAUGGCCAGGCUUGUGGUGCAGGUGCUCCAUCUCCACCCCCGUACAGAUGCCCCCGAUGCGGAGAGCACGAGCGCUUCCACAGCCUGGCUGCGUUACGGGCCCACCUCGACUACAACCACACAUACGAUCCAAGGCACAACCUCAGCCUUCCUGCCAGCAGGGGGUACUUACGCUCUGACAGCAAAAUAGCCACUGCUGAGGCACAGACAACAAAGGACGCGGGCACUGACACGCGUUCGCACCAGUUCCCAUUCAGCUCUGAUCCCCUUCCACAUGACCAGACAGAAGACACGUGCCCAGAACAGCCUGCUUCCCCAAAGAAAAGUGCCGCUGGUGGGGAGUUGUCCAUUGGCACCAAGCUCUUCUCUGCUCCAGUGCCCUCGGUGGGGCAGAGGCUGGAGGGCAUGAUGAGGACGGCCAGUAGCAGCAUGGAGAGACGGCUGCUGCGGCUCAGCUCAGAACUGGCCCACACCGACACAGCACUUCUAUGUGAGCGUGCACACUCGCACCACCUGGCCCAGGAGCGGCAGGAAGUGCUGGAGAGGGAGCAAGCUCUUAGCAGACAGGUGAACGCCGCUGUCAUGGUUAUCGCCACUCUGCGCCAACAGCUCAGCUUGUCCGAGCAUGAGCUGGAACGGAGGGAGCAGGAAGUGCUUGCUAUUCAGAAAUUUCUGGAAGCAGCAGUGCAGCAUGAGAUGUGCGGGAAAGUUCGUUUGCGGCGGUUCAUCGAGGGCCUCCUGCGACGCAUUGCCCUGGCUGAAAGGCUGCUGGAGUAUUACCAGAAUACUCCCCAUGAGCACUACUGCACAGCCCACACGGUGGGUCCUUUAGCUGAGGCAGGUCCCCAAAGAAUAACUAAAAGCAGGUCUACAGGAGAGCAACUGGUCCAUGAUGAGGAAAUGUCACAUGGGCAACAGGCUGGAUGGGGAGCAUCCCGGGCAUCUGGGGAGAGACGGGGUCGUUCUGGCUGGGUCCAGAGCAGGAGGUCAGAUAGUUAUGAGGUUUAGGUGUUUGGCUUGAGCCUUUCACUGAAUGUACUGUAUAUGUUUCAAAUGUAGUGCAUUGAAAUUGUAUUUUAAGCAAAUAUAUAUAAAGAAAAUCAGCAUUAAUGAACAUAUAACAUUCCUGAAAAAAAUCUGACAUGGAUCUCAUAUGGAGAGAUCCUUUUCAGCGAAAUGUGGAAAGGCAGUUCAUCUUGGUAGCGCUCUUAAUCUUACCUGAUUGGAAUAUUGUUUAGCUCAGGGUCCUGUAGGGUCCUGUAGACACUCAGCUGUGUCUAGUGACGGCAUGUUACUGUUCUGAUCAUCCGAAAACUCGCCCUGUGGAGUGCCUUUACACUCCUUCUGUAGUGCUGCUAAGGUUCUAGGAUACUGCUGACGUUGUGGACACAUGGUAAGACUGCCCUUUAAAUCUAAUAAAUAAUGACUACCUGAUUCAGUAGUUUACAUUCUGAAGAAAUGCAGACUGAUUCUAUAUUAUUGGAAUUGAACGUCUGUUUAGAUCUAACCAUUACUCAAAUUAAUUCAGUAUUGCGGUUCGGUGCAUAAGUAUCCCUCUGCACUUAAUUGGGAUUUUAUAUCAUGAAUCUAUACUAAAUUGCUCAUAUUUUUGAAGUGGGGGGAAUAGAGUUUGCCAUAUUAUUUGCAAAGUGACUUCCACCUGUGGACAAGUGCCAAUAUCAAUACACCUGUUCUUGAAGGCCACAGAGAGAAUAAUACCUAAAUAUGCAGCUGAUGAAGACCAAGAAUCGAUCAAUUCCAAGACAAAGAUUUAGUAGUAAAAUAUCAAUCAGAUUUUGGUUUACAACAUAACCACCUCUCUGCUAAGCUAAGACCCCCCAACACUAGUCUCUGCUCUGAUGUUUGGUGGAAACCCAACACUGCUCAUCACCCUGAAAACACCGUCCCAUGGUGAUGGUGGCAUCAUGUUGAGAGUUGCACUUAGGCUCUUGGUUACAUCUCUGACCCCUUUCACAUUCACUGACCUUUUGGUGGGCCAAUACCUAUAGACAGGGUCACAGUUUUCACUAAAACCUUUGUUUUCAGGUUGACUAUCUGCCCAAUAUUCUCAUUCUCACAAUAUCUCAAGAACGAGUACAUGUAUGUAAGCAGAUGGAUUGAUUAGAUUUUGGAAUUGAUCCAAACAGUGUCAAGGUCAUAAGAACAUACUAAGAUGCAUGAAAUAGUUUUUCUUUAAUAGCUUUCUUCCUGUUAGUCUAAUUGGCAAUGGAGGCAUCCCUGUCGACUAUGUUGGCAUAGAGUUCUACUUGUUUAAUGUGCUCUGUGGGAUGCUAAAAUUUUGGAAUAAUUUUUUUUGAUUGUUCCUUGGUCUUCAUGGUGCUGUUGGUUUAGUCAUGUUUUUCAACAAGCGUUUAAAUGAAGAGGUGUAUUUAUAUUGAGAUCGCAUAAAGCUUUACUUGUGCACGGGCAGACUUACACAGCUGAUUGCACCUGAACUAAUUUAGGGGUUUCAGAUCAACAUUUGUUUUUAUUUACAAAUAAUUUUGCAAACUAUGUUGGGAAAAGUUUAAAGGGGGUGAAUACUUAUGCAAGGCCCACUUAAAAACUAUCAUGCAAAGAAUUUAUUCAAUUUAUGUAUGUUAGUUGAUGACACACGCUACAAGAUAAUGGUAAUGCAAAACAAAUGCUAAAUUUGUUGUGUUUGUUUUCUUCAUUUUAAGGUGCUGUUGCACACUGUGAAUGUUUGAGAUAUUGAUAUUAUCUGAAAACAUUAAUACAUUUAAUCAGUAUUUUAGUGGUGCCGUUGCCUGGGGCUGUAUACCCAUGUCACAGCCAGUAUUAUCAUAUCCAGAAUCGUCUGUGCUGUGUCGAAUGCCUCCCAACAGUAGCCAGGGUCAUGGAAAAUUCCACAUAACAAUAUAUAACAAUAAAAAUAUCUUCUUGUCAAUAUUAGCUCAGCUUGCUUUUCAUAUAAGCAGAAAUGUGAGUGGGUCAGACAUUUUACACUGCACUCUGAACUCUGAACUCUGAAAUGACAGCAACCUGAGAAGUAGCUCAUUUUAAGCUCUGUUUUAAUACAUUUAUGUAGCAAAUAUUAGGUUUGGCCUACAGUAGCCUACAUGUUGAGUUAAAAAAAAGAAAAAUUUGUUCUUUAAAAAACAAACGUUAUCACUCACUUUAUUGUAUUUUCCAAAGUAUUAAAUAGUUUGCAUAUUGUUUCAUAGUUAUUGUGAAAGUUUUUGUUGUAAAAAAAAAGAAAAUCGUAGAUCUUAGAAGUUAGAUCUUGGUCACAAGUUAUACACAAGUUGUACACAAUAAUCUUAUCCUUUUCCACUUGAAUAUCAAAUCUCUUUACGUACUGAGUACUUUUUUUCAUUCAAAAUCUAACUUCAACAAUUCUACUUUGUUAUAUAAUUUAGGUGCCAGUGCAGUUACAGAACAAAUGAAUGAUUGUCAAACCUUGGUGUGAGGAUUGGUUAUUCGUUUAAAUAGUUAACUUAUGAUUACCCAGUUCCUAACACUUGCACUUCAUAACAUUUAAAAUUGCACUUCAUAACAUUUUGAAUAUCUUUUUUUGUAUUUAAAAAAAAAAUUACUGUGAUUUUGCAAUAUUACGUUGAAGUUUCUUAAUUUUUUCAGGCUGGUUACAUUUUAAAUUUAAGGUGCUUCUUUAACAUUACAUAAUUAUUAUUAAUACGUAAUAUGCUUACAGUGCACACAGUGUAAAAUGUUGAUUCAUUUACAGGCUCUUAUCUAUUGCAGAAUGCUGAAUAUAACUGGUGUCAUGCAUGUUUGUUCGUUCGUUUGUUGAUGCGAGCACUGACUGAAAUCAGAAUGGAAUUAGAUUUCUUAAUUCUUUCUUCACUAUAAAUAAUAUUGUUAACACCGACUCAGAUACUGUUGGUGUAGAAGUUAAAAAGCAGAAAAUUGUCACACAUAUUAGCAUUUAUAUGUUCAAAUAUGUUUGAAGAAAAAAGUGGUGUUCAUUCGCUGUCCAGUGCUGUGCAUUAUUCCACAGCUCUAUACUGACUCUUGUUUAGUUGUUCGUAUCUCACUCCUGUUUGUUUUUCCUGUCAAUCACUGAUUAGAAGCUCUUUUCUGUGAUUGCUCUACAGCUGGAAAAACCCUGCAAUAGCUUUUAGAGAACCCGAGGUCCACCCGUUGUAUAUUGUGUGAGCAUGCCGUAGGUGUAAUGUAACCAGUGCAAUAUGUGAGACUAUUUUUUUAGGAGAAUGCAGUGUUUGUAGUAAGGCCCAUGGAUAGAAAGAUUGUGCAAUCAUCCAAUGUACAGUAUUUAUAAACAAAAUAAUAGUUUGCUAUGAAGGACAAUCAAAAGUUGGAACUGAUUAAGUUGUUUGUUUCAUGUUUCUGGAUUAUUGUUAGAAAUCAGUCUCUUUUGACUUUCACUAAUUUUGAAUGUGCCAUGUUUGUUUCUGUUAGAGAUGUUAAGCUUUGUUUCCUUAGGUUAUAUAGCCACUGUGUGUGCCUUUCUCUUGAACCCUUGGUAUCAUUACACAUGCAACACUGUGAAGUCUUGCAAGAUUUGUGCUCUUGAUCAGUGUGAUGUUCUAAAAAUGUGAUUAUU